UGGGAGGGAAAGCGCGCGAACGAGCAAGGAUAGACCGUAAACACGCGUGAGAUUGAGAGCGUUGGCAUACGAGCAAGAGAACAAGCGUACGAGACAGAAGUGUAAGCGCAAUAUAUGGGUGAGUAUAUGGGAAGGAGCAAGAGAGAUCGCGUACGGAAAAAUCGAGCGAGCGAGCGAAGGACGUGGAGAGCGCAUGCGUGAGCGCCAGCGAGUAGCAGCGGCGAUGGUGGUUAGUAGUGGUAGGAGCCGGUGGCGGGUGGCGGAUCGCGCCAGCGGACCCCGCGUUAUGGCUCUUGCAGACCAGCGCGACGGCGCGAUACGCGACACGCAAUAUCCAAUGAGCGUACAGCUUUUCCUCACGUCAUAUCCGUCGCACUAGAGAUCGCGACGUCGCAACAAAAGUUGGCCAAGUUUGAAGAUUUGUCGCACGUGACAAGCGAUACAACCCAACCUAAUCCUCUAAUCGACACAAAUAACGAAUCAACACGGGCAGAUAUAUGUUCUAUGCUUUAUACCAUGUGCAUGCGUGUCGUGCGUGCUUGCAUGUGGCGUGAGUUCGUUUGGACAAUCAAACACCGACCGUUUGUUUUCUGUUCCUGAACUCCCUGAAUUAGUGUGCACUUAAAAUUAAAUAGAUAUAUAUUUGAAAGUUAGUGAAAACAAGAAGAAACGUUCCAGUGCAGUCUAGUGCAGGAAUAGAAAACAAGCCUCGAGACAACGUCGUUGUCCUCGUGCUUUUGCCUUUGGAUUAUGGUCGUAUCGUCCCCAUGUUACGGUAGAAGGACGGGUACCAAUAUUGUCUGAAACUGAAUCUGAACACGGGCAUACCGAUAGACUGCAGCAGAUACGGGACGUAAAGAUAAUAAGAAACAUGUCAGAUUGUGAAAAUUACGAAUAUUUAGACGAAGCAGGAGAAUUUGAUACAGAAAAUAUUGAUCCCGAUAAUGAUUCUUUAACAAUUAACUCACAAGUGUUCGAAGAAAUAUUAAUAUUAGAAGUGCAAGAGAGGCCAUGUUUAUGGGAUCAUAGAUUAGACAUAAAAAUGAGAGGAAUGAAUACAAUACGAAAAGCAUGGGAAGAAGUGGGUCAAGCCGUCAAACAUUCAGUAAUAUACAAAUUACAGAUUUAAAUGAAUCUGAAUUUCAUUCAAAAUCGAAUGCAGACGAAAGCUAUAUAGAAGAGACAUGCAUAGAAAGCAGAUCUCCAACAUUAUUAAAAAAUAGAGAUAGAAAUGAAUGUACCAGUGCAUUAGCAUGGUCAUCGAAAUCUAAAACUGCGCAAUGUGAGACUCUUUUUCCUUCAUCGCCAUUCAGUCGAAGUUCAACUCCUUUGUCGUCUGCAAGCAACUCACAAAAAAGGAAGAAAUCUGAUGCUUUCAAAAAAUCAUCUACGGAACAAUCUGAUAGAUUCGAAGAGUUUAUUACGGGACAAGUUGCACAACCCCAAAGUGAAGCAACUGCAUUUUGCAAUUUUAUUAAAACACGUUUAGAAAAAUUCAACAGACAAUUUUAUUUAGAAGCAACGCAUAAUAUUAUGAGUGAGCUUAUGAAAUUCGAAAAAAAAGCUGAAGAACACCAAAAAUAAAUAUUUAUUACUUUUUUAUAUAUUUUAAAACAGUAUUAAAGUAUAAAAGUAUAAGUCCACACCAAAAAUAAAUAUUUAUUACUUUUUUAUAUACUUUAAAACAGUAUUAAAGUAUAAGUGCAACAAAAAAACUAAGUGCAAUGUAAAAAUUUUUUAUUUUUAAAAUUUUAUUAAUAAAGUUUAUUCAUUAUUUUUUA